CAUCACCAAAACUCAAAGUGUUGUUUGUAGUGCAUUCACGCUCCGUACCCGGGGCUGACACUAUGCCCGCUGCCGACUUUAAGUAGUGUUAAUCCUUUCCGGGGCCCUACGGGGUGCUGCGCGCCGGUGAAGUGGUCUCGGCGACACCUGGCCUCGCAGCAGAAGGAGCACCUCAGGCUGCGCGCGCCUGGCCGGAAGCGGCCACCGCGAAAUCUGUUGGGCGGGGCGCACGGCCCGGCACGCAUGCUCUGUCGGGGCGGGGCCGCAGCGGGGCGGGGCCUCGGGAGCCUCCAGUCCGUGAGCAGCGCGGGUCUGGGCGGGGCCGGAGCGCGCGGGAAGCCCCGGCAGGGUGCUGCCUCGGUGCUGCGCAAUGGCUGUCUCGGUCCCCGGCUACUCGCCCAGCUUCAAGAGGCCGCCUGAGGUCGUGCGGCUCCGCCGGAAAAGGUCUCGGGACCAUGGUACCGCCGUGUCCUCCGCACUACCGGAGCCCGCGCUCCGCCGCGCCGCGCUGGCUGCUGGGCUGCCCUUGCGUCCCUUUCCGACCGCGGGCGGCAGAGGAGGCGCCACCACUACCAUCGCCCGCAGGAACCCUUUCGCCCGCCUGGACAACCGGCCACGGGUGGCCGACGAGGCCCCCGAAGAGCCGCUCCGCGGUCCUCAAGGAGUGCCGGGCCCGCUUCUAGAUUCUAAUGGAGAAAAUAACUUGCUGUGGGAGGAGGCAUCUCAUGAAAGAACUGUCACGGAACUGUCCCAGAGUCAACAGGUAACCUUGUCUGAAUCGGACACUUGGUCUUCAGAUGGUACUGAGUUACCUGUGGACUGGAGUAUUAAAACCCGCCUCCUUUUCACCUCUUCUCAACCCUUUUCCUGGGCAGAACAUUUGAAAGCACAGGAAGAAGCCCAAGGACUUGUCCAGCAUUGUAGGGCAACAGAAGUUACAUUACCACAGAGUAUACAGGAUCCCAAACUGUCCACUGUGCUACGUUGUGCCUUCCAGCAGACCCUGGUCUACUGGCUUCACCCUGCCUUUUCAUGGCUGCCACUCUUCCCUCGAAUUGGAGCUGAUAGGAAAAUGGCUGCAAAGACAAGUCCAUGGUCAACGGAUGAAAGCCUGCAGCAUGCUUUAAUGAGUGACUGGUCUGUGAGUUUUACGUCUUUAUAUAACCUGCUGAAGACGAAGCUUUGCCCCUAUUUCUACGUUUGCUCCUAUCAGUUUACGGUCCUGUUCCGGGCAGCAGGAUUAGCAGGAAGCAGUGUGAUCACAGCGCUCAUCACCCCUACAACUAGAGGCUUAAGAGAAGCUAUGAAAAAUGAAGGUAUUGAAUUUUCUCUGCCUUUACUAGAAGAAAGUGGUCAUAAGGAGAAAGUUCGAGAACCAAGCCUGGAAUCUGAGGAGGAGCAGGCAGUCAGUGACGAAGAUGAAGAGGAAAGUUUCUCUUGGCUGGAAGAGAUCGGUGUGCAGGAUCAAAUUAAGAAGCCAGACUUGAUCUCUGUCAAGCUACGUAAAGAAAAACAUGAAGUACAGAUGGAUCACCGACCAGAGUCUGUCGUACUGGUGAAAGGACUCAAUACCUUCAAACUGCUCAACUUUUUGAUCAAUUGCAAGAGUUUAGUUGCUACCUCAGGCGCACAGGCAGGUCUCCCACCCACUCUCUUAUCCCCAGUUGCCUUUCGAGGUGCCUCAAUGCAAAUGCUUAAGGCACGAAGCAUUAAUGUAAAGACACAAGCUCUUUUUGGAUACAGAGAUAAGUUUAGUUUGGAGAUCACAGGUCCUGUCAUGCCUCACGCUUUGCAUUCUGUGGCCAUGCUACUCCGAUCUUCACAGAGAGGCUCAUUCUCUGCGGGAUUGUAUGCACAUGAGCCAACUGCCGUAUUCAAUGUUGGCCUACCACUGGAUAAGGAACUGGAUAGAAAAGGUGCUCAUAAGGACCUUGCUAACUGUGGGCUGCACCCUAAAACCCUGGAGCAGCUCAGUCAAAUGCCAGUGCUGGGGAAGUCAUCCUUGCGGAAUGUGGAAAUGAGUGACUACAUUGUAAAUUGGAGAUCCUGAACGCCAAAAUUCACACAAAUCUGGUAAAAGUUCUGUAGUCACUCCUUCCUGAGGAUGCUCCUGGUUGGUUUCUGGGAAGGAAGAUGAUGCCGUGGCAGAAGGAUCUCAUGAGUUGUUUCCCAUAACAUGGAUUUACAGUUUCAUCCGUCUAUCCGCUCACAUCAGCACACUCAUGUGCAAGACAGUUGUGGGAUUGGGAAUUAAAAGGACAACUUAGCCCUUGUGAAGAUAAAAUUCUGUCAUCUGUGCUGAAAUGUUUUAUGGUCAAGACUGAAGAACCAUAAACUUCAAUUAUACUUAUUAAAACAAAAAAGACUGAUUUAGAAAAAAAAGUACUUUGCCAUUUAAAAAAAUUGUUACUACAAAAAAACCCAAAAAAACAAAGCCCAAAGAACCUCAUUUGAAACCCUACUAAAAUAUGAAGGGUCACUGCUCCCAGAAUAUGUCAGCCUAAGUAUUCCAUUGAUUCUACAAAAAUAGUACACUUAGUUGGUAACUGACUGAGCAUUCAUUUGUCAGCUUCUCUUUGGUGCCUUUAACAUUGUUACAGAAAAUAUGUAUUAGAAAGCUAAUCAAUCUUGUCUCUUUGUUCUUAAAAAGUUUAGGAUUCUUUUCAUUACAGCUGCAGUUAAUCUCUGGCCUCCCAGUCUAAAUAAAUGUCUGACAAUUAACUCAGAGAGCUCACCCUGCAAUCCUCUUCCAAGAAAGACAUCAUGCUUUAUUCUUCUGAGCACCAGUAGAGCUUUCCUUUUGUUUAAUGUUGCCAUCCUCUCUGAACACUGCCCCUUAAUGAGAGCCUAACUUCUGAUGGGAAAUAAGACUAAAGCAUCACUUAGUGUUGAGAAUGAAGACGGCAGGCAUAAAUUAUAAUAAUACUUUUUCCUGGUCAAAAUGUAUAAUCAACAUGUACUAAGCACUUUCCCCAUGAUUCAACAGUUACAAUUUUCUCAAGAAAAUCUGUAAGAAUUCUAUAAUAUUUCUAAGUCUUUGCUACAUAGGAGAUUCUUGCCUGGCUAUGUUCUUUCCAACCGUUUAAAUGCCUAAUCUGUAAUAAAUUACUAAAAGCACA